AUGUACGGAAGGGGGAAUGACGGAACUUCCGUCCCCACCAAAUCUCAACUCUCCCCCCUCCGACUCUCCAACUGUCGACUCGCUUUCUUUUUCUUGGGAAUUACGGACAGUCGAGAGCUUAAUAUGUCUUCCCGCAUUGACAAGGUCAUUGCCCGCCAGCGCGAAAAGAUCGCAGAUGGCGCCUACUAUGAAGCUCAUCAGCAGCUGCGUGUCAUUGCUGUCCGAUACAUCAAACAAUCCAACUACGAUGCCGCCGCAGAGAUUCUGGCUGGAGGCGCCAAGGAGCUGCUAAAGGCCGGCUCACAACAAGGUGCUUCGGCCAGUGGUGGUGACUUGGCGAUCAUGCUGGUGAACGAGGUCUACAAUAAAGCGGAAUGGGAGAUCAAGGGGAGUGAUGAUGCAGAGAGUCGGUCUCGUAAGAAGCGUCUGAUAGAAUUGCUGUGGGAGUUCCCCUCCGACGAACCUACACGAAAGAGAUAUAUUCAAGAAAUCAUGGCGUGGAGUGGGAAGUUUGGACCUCUGGAGAGGGGAGACCCGGAACUGCACCAUGCCGCUGGCUCGGUAUACGCUGAAGAUAACGAGCCAUACGAUGCCGAGAAACACCUUAUUCUAGGCACCUCCGAAUCCGCCGAGACCCUCGCGAAACUCGAGUUUGAAUGGUACACCGUCGACGAACCCCACACCGCAGCCAUCUAUGCGUCCCGCGCAGUCUUCCCAUACCUGCUCACGGGCAAUCUCCGCAGCGCCAACAAGGCCUUGCUCAUUUUCACUUCCAAGCUCUCGGCGGCCCACCCCCAGCUGGGUGUGCAGGAUGUCAGCAGUUCCAGCUCGGAUGCCCGUGUCUUCCCUGCGCUGCCUCUGGUCAACUUUAUCAGCCUGUUGCUGUUGACCAUCCAGCGCGGGAGUGCGGAUCUCUUCCGUAACCUGACUGCUCACUACGCAGCACAGAUUAAAGAAGUCGGCCUCUGGGAUGAUGCCCUGGCGCAGAUUGGUGAGCAGUACUUUGCCAUCAAGAUCCCUCGGCAAGGAAACCCAUUGAUGGAUAUGAUGAGCGGAAUGUUGUUUGGAGGCGGUAAUGCGGGCAAGCAACCGAGCCGGGCGAAGAAGGUCGAGGCACCCCCAGCUAGCAUGGAGCUUGAUUAA